CGGCGCAGUUACUCGGCCAAAUAGUCUUUAUUUUAAAUUCAUAUUCACAUUAUAAUACCCUCCUUUUCACAGUAAUGGUCAAGAAAUUCAUUGACAAGAAGAAGGCGACGACUUACAAGCUCGUAUACCGGUCGCAGGAGGACCCUCUGGCCUUCGAGGAGGGUACCACAGAGCGCGUAUUUGUAGCGGUUGGUGGCAAGGAUGAGCUCAAGGCAUCCAAGGGCAAGCAGCCCGAGGAUCAAACACUGGAACAGAGCCGCGUGUACGGUAUUUACCUCGAUGAUCGCGAAUACGAUUACACCAAGCACUUGCGGCCGGUUGGCUCUGGCGGAGGCAUUCUGCUGGAGGCUGCAGCGAAGAAGGAGAAGUUUAGCGGCAUUCAGAUCAUGGACGUGGACGAGGACGAUGAUGGCGUUGGAGCAAGCGGUUUGAUUCCGAUUCAGGCGCAGCCUUCGGCUCACCGUAUGGACAUUAAAAGUGCAGCAUUUCCCACUGGUCUGCAGCCAUCUAUGAAUACCAAUCUGCGCGAGGAGGAUGUGGAGGAGUUUGACGACGAUUUCUUUGACAGGCUCAACUCGAACGAGCUGCCCUCCGACGCCGAGGAGAACGAAUCUGACGACGGCUACCAUGGAGGCAAGUUUGGGCGCUUUGGCGACGAGGAUGACGAGGAUGGUGAGGGCUUUGACCCCAAUGAUGUUUUUGCCCAGGUCAGAAGGAUGAAGGCGCGCCAGAGGCAGCAGGAUUCGGACGACGACGAGAAUAAUGGCGGUGACUGGCGUGGCACGCGCACAGCCAGCACUGGUCUGUCCAUGUCUUCGUCGGCGAUGUACCGCAACGAAAAGCUGACGCUUCUGGACGAGCACUUUGAUCGCGUUGAGGCCAUGUACGAGCACGAGGACACGGACAGCGAAGACGAGCGGUAUGACGAGAACGGCCACCAUAUUGAUGAGUAUGACGCUGACGGCAAUCUAAAGUCUAUCAGUACACGCCCUGACUUUGCGGAUGUCAUGGAUGAGUUCCUUUCGGAAUACGAGCUCACUGGAAAGAAAUUGCAGGUUGUUGUCGAGGGCGGCUCAGGAGCCGGUAAGCUGGACACCUACCGCGACGCCUUUUUAGAUGCCACAAAGCCGAAGGACCAGAGCAAACAAGAUGUAGUUGCGGCCGGAAUGCGCAUUACGGAGGAGGAUAAUGCGAGGCCCACGAGGUCGAGGAGGCGCACCCCUUGGGAUUGCCAGACCAUCCUGAGCACUUACUCGACGCUGGACAACCACCCCGCCACCAUUUACGUCGAAAAGACACCCAAGAUCAGAGUCAGCCGCAAGACCGGCUUCCCCAUGGUCGAGAGGAACAAUAGCGACGAGGAAGAUGUGCCUAGGGAGAACAAGGGCCAGGCGCGGUCGAAAGCGGAGACCAGCGAGGAGAAGCGCGCUCGCAAGAAGCAGAUCCAGGAGGAGAAGCGCAACCGGAGAGAUGAGAGGAAUGAUACCCGUAGUGCCUUUGCCGAGAAGCGGGACCGCAAGAUGCAGUCCAAGAAGGAUCGUGCGCAGUAUGUCAUUCGCUUGGACUAGAUCACAUUCAUAUUUCCAUUCCCUUGUUC